AUGGAUAGGGACACAAUCACACUCACCACUCAACCGGCAGCACCGCUCCCAAACCCCAGGUUCUACCUGGAAGACACAGAAGAACUGCAGACGCCGCUGAGGGACGCAGCCACCAGGUCGACGAGCAGAUCAUCCGACAGGAGCAACAGCUCCUCCAGGCCGCCAUCCAGGAGCGACGGCCCACCCAGGCCGCCAUCCAGGAGCGACGGCCCACCCAGGCCGCCAUCCAGGAACGACGGCCCACCCAGGCCGCCAUCCAGAAGCGACGGCCCACCUAGGCCGCUGUCCAGGAGCAGCUACCCACCCAGGCCGCCAUCCAGGAGCGGCGACUCACCUAGGCUGCCAUCCAGGAGCGGCGACUCACCUAGGCCGCCAUACAGAAGCGAUGGUCCAUCUGGGCCGCCCACUACGCCCCAAGCUACCCAAGAUAGGUCACAAGUCACCACCGCCGCCCAUCAGGAGAUGGAAUAUGAAGAGGAAUCCAGAAAAAGGAGGAAUCACCAACAGCCCCCACCCCCGCUCCCAGCAAACCAGUAA